AUGCAGAGGAAGAAGGUGAAUCAAGAAGGCCCUCUCUUCAGGAAAAACCUACAAUCUGAUUUUUGGAGGCUAGCUAAACUCAACGAAUCCCUUUUGUACCAAAAGUUCCGGUCUAGAUGGGUUAAGGAAGGGGAUGCAAAUACGAGGUAUUUCCACUCAAUCAUUAAAUGGAGGCGAAAGAAAAAUUCCCUAGUUGGCUUGUUUGACAAUGGAACUUGGGUAGUGGAACCGGUUGUAGUCAAGGAGCAUGUACAUGAUUUCUUCAAAUGCAGAUUUGAGAAAGACACGUGGAUGGCUCCAAGGAUGGAUGGGGUGCCCUUUAGCCAACAAUCCUCUGCUGAUAAUGACUUCCUUACAGCUAGAUUUGAUAUGGAGGAAAUAAGGGAAGUAGUUUGGGAUUGUGAAGGUGAUAAAAGCCUAAGUCCAGAUGGGUUCAACUUCAAGUUCAUCAAGUCCUUCUGGUAUCUUUUACAACAGGAUGUCAAAAUAUUGAUGGAUGACUUUCAUGCUAAUGGUGUGUGGCCAAGGGGGUGUAAUGCUUCAUUCUUAGCCGUAGUCUCGAAGAAGGAGUCACCUAUAAGCCUUAAUGAUUUCAGACCAAUCUCUUAA